AUGAUCAAUAUACAAUUUAAACGUACUUAUAUCAAACCAUUUCUACUCUUAUUAAUAAUUAGUUUCAUUUAUCUACUUGCCAGUCGAAAGACUACUACUACUACUCCUCAUGUACAUAUAGUAACUAUUCAAACACAACCAAAAGCAUAUAUUAUUACUGCUGAUUGUAGUUCAAUUCGUUUUAAUUUUACCAAAAUAAAUAUUGAACGUGUUUUUCCAAAUUAUUUUGAUAUUAGAUGUUUUCUAAGUGUUUCAUUAAAUGAUUCUCGUAUUCAUACAUCAUCAUCAGCAGUACUUAAAAAAUGGUCAUCGAAUCUAUUAGCAUUUGUUGAUCUUUGGACUUAUGAAAUUCCUAAAUCGUCAAAUAAUAAUGAAUUUGAAUGGUCAUUUAUUUUUGAAGAUGAUGUUAACUUUUGUGAUCCAUCUCAAGUUUCAUUAUUAAAUUUUAUAGAACCAUUACAAGAAUUAAUGCAUAAUCAACAAAUUCAACAAAACGAUGGAUUCGUUUAUUUGGGUAUUUGUGGACCAGAUUUUAAUAAUUCUAGUCCAUCAAUCAUAUUUAAAAAUACGAAGAAUAAUUUGAAAAGUGAAAAAGGUUAUGGAUUUUGUCUUCAUGCUACUGGUAUAACAACAAAACGAUCGAGAACAUUUUGGAGUGAAAUAUCUUCAUAUAGACCUAAUGAUGGUGACAAAUCUCUUGAUCAUCAAUUACGACAAUAUUCAUUGAGAAGUCGAAAAUAUUUUUAUACAUUUGGAUCGAAUUAUCUUUAUCCACCUGGUACAGGUCAUUAUGGAAUUGCAUAUCAAGAUCGUGGAAAAUUUGGGUCAACUAUAUCGUAA